ACGCGAGCAGGUGCCCCACGUGGCUGCCGCCCCCAGGGACCCCUCCUGGCCAGAGCUGGGGCCCCGCCCGCGAGCAGAGCCGCCCGCGUGCCGGGCAGGGUCGCCGCGCUCCUCCAGGCGAGUCGCCGCCCAGCGUGGGCUCCGCGCGCCCCCAGCCGAGCAGCCCGCCCUGCCCCGGGCUCUGAGACCGCGUGCCCCGCCUGGACGUGGCGGGCUUUGUUCGGACUGCGGGCUCCCACCUGGACGGCCUUUCCGGGGAGAGCGCACCAGGCGCGCGCCUCUCUGGUCUCUGCCCGGAGGGACGUUGUAUGCAGUUCUAUCAACAUGGCCUCUUUCCUGUUGCUAGAAGCCGCCUGCAUUUUCCUGUUUUCCAGAGUAACCCCCUCCCUCCCUCAGCAAGAAGUCCUUGUGAGCAAGGAGACCAUCGGGAAAAUUUCAGUGGCCAGCAAAAUGAUGUGGUGCUCGGCUGCUGUGGACAUUUUGUUUCUGCUAGAUGGGUCUCACAGCAUCGGGAAAGGGAGCUUUGAAAGGUCCAAGCACUUUGCCAUCACAGUCUGUGAUGCUCUGGACAUCAGCUCCGAGAUGGUCAGAGUAGGGGCCCUGCAGUUCAGCUCUACUCCGCAUCUGGAAUUCCCGUUGGAUUCAUUUUCAACCCGGCAGGAAGUAAAGGCGAAAAUCAAGAAGGUGGUCUUCAAAGGGGGACGCACAGAGACAGGACUUGCCCUGAAAUACCUUCUGCGCACAGGGUUUCCUGGGGGCCGAAACGGCUCUGUGCCUCAGAUCCUCAUCCUCACCACGGAUGGGAAGUCCCAGGGGCAUGUGGCGUUGUUGGCCAAGAAGCUGAAGGAAAGGGGCAUCACUGUGUUUGCUGUAGGAGUCCGCUUUCCCAGGUGGGAAGAGCUGUACACGCUGGCCAGUGAGCCGAGAGAGCAGCACGUGCUGUUGGCUGAGCAGGUGGAGGAUGCCACCAACGGCCUCUUCAGCACCCUCAGCCACUCUGCUAUCUGCACUACCGCCUCUCCUGACUGCAAAGUCGGGACACACCCCUGUGAGCGCAAGACGCUGGAGACGGUCCGGGAGCUCAGCGGCAACGUCCUGUGCUGGAGAGGGUCUCGGCAGACCAGGACCGUGCUGGCCACCCUCUGUCCCUUAUACAGCUGGAAGAGAGUGUUCCUAACGCACCCUGCCACCUGCUACAGGACCACCUGCCCAGGCCCCUGUGAUUCCCAGCCCUGCCAGAAUGGAGGCACAUGCAUCCCAGAAGGACUGGACAGGUACCACUGCCUGUGCCCACUGGCCUUCGGAGGGGAGGCUAACUGUGGCCUGAAGCUGAGCCUGGAGUGCAGAAUCGACGUCCUCUUCCUGUUGGAUGGCUCUGCAGGCACCACCCUGGAGGGCUUCCUGCGGGCCAAGGCCUUCGUGAAGCAGUUUGUACAGGCCGUGCUGAGCGAGGACUCUCGUGCCCGUGUGGGUGUGGCCGUGUACAGCAAGGAGCUGCUAGUGGCGGUGCCUGUGGGGGAGUAUCAGGAUGUGCCAGACCUGGUCCAGAGCCUCAACAGCAUUCCCUUCAGCGGUGGCCCAACCCUGACAGGCAGCGCCUUGAGGCAGGCGGCAGAGCGUGGCUUUGGGAGCGCUGUCAAGACAGGCCAACACCGGCCACGCAGAGUGGUUGUACUGCUCACUGAGUCGCACUCCCAGGAUGAGGUGGCUGGCCCAGCCCAACACGCGAGGACCCGAGAGCUGUUCCUGCUGGGUGUGGGCAGUGAGGCUGCAAGGGUAGAGCUAGAGGAGAUCACAGGCAGCCCAGAGCAUGUGAUGGUCUACACAGACCCUCAGGACCUGUUCAGCCAGAUCCCAGAGCUACAGGGGAGACUCUGCAGCCGGACACAGCCAGGCUGCCGGGCACAGUCACUGGACCUGGUCUUCCUGCUGGAUGCCUCGGCCUCCGUGGGGCCUGAGAACUUUGCUCAGAUGCAGAGCUUCCUGAGAAGCUGCGCCCUCCAGUUUGACGUGAACCCCGAUGUGACGCAGGUCGGCCUGGUGGUAUAUGGCAGCCGGGUGCAGACCAUCUUCAGGCUGGACACGCAUCCCACCCGCACUGCGGUGCUGCAGGCCAUGAGCCAGGCCCCCUACCAGGGUGGGGCAGGCUCGGCCGGCACGGCCCUGCUGCACAUCUAUGACAAGGUGAUGACUGUCCAGAAGGGUGCCCGGCCUGGUGUCCCUAAGGCUGUGGUGAUGCUCACAGGCGGGAGGGGGGUGGAGGAUGCAGCCGUCCCUGCCCAGAAGCUCAGGGACAAUGGUGUCUCCGUCUUAGUCAUGGGUGUGGGGCCCGUUCUGAGAGAGGCACUGCGGAGGCUGGCGGGUCCCCGGGACAGCCUGAUCCAUGUGGCAGCUUACUCAGAUCUGCGGUACCACCAGGACCAGCUCAUCCAGUGGAUAUGUGGUGAAGCCAAACGGCCGGUCAACCUCUGCAAACCCAGCCCGUGCACGAACGAGGGCACCUGUGUGCUGCAGAACGGAAGCUACCGCUGCAAGUGCCAGGAUGGCUGGGACGGCCCCCACUGCGAGAACCGGGUCUUGAAUGCUCCCAGGCCUCGUGGCUCCCACCAGGAGCCUGCAGGAGAACAGCAGCCGCCCUCCUCCCAGCAGCUACGGAGACGGCCUGGGCACUCAGCCUUCUGACCUGCGGGUCCAUGGAGUGUCUGCCGCCAGGUCUGUCCUCACUGUCCUGCUGCUGUCCCACCCAGGAAGACUGAAGCCGGCUGCUUGGGGACUGUAGGAAUAGCUGAUAGCACCGCAAAGGAUGAUGUUGAAAACCCUUGGUGUGUAAGUAAAAUACACAAGUACCUGCUUGUGCCUUGCAGAGGCCAUGUCAUCUGCCUCUUUCCCUUGGAUAAACACGGGGUGCUGGGGACUCCAGAGAAAUCUGAUGGCCUAAAUCUGAGAUUUGCUUUACCUAUUACAAGUACUAGACAGAAUGUUGUUUAGACAGUAAAGCCCAGCAGAAGAUACUUACUAGAACAUCGUUUGGACCCCUGAAGUGAUGGCAUUUUAGGAUAGGAGGAGGAGGGACUUUUCCACGUUGUCAGGGAUGUCCUGGAUGCAUUUGCUUUGGGUUUGAAAAUGGGCUUGAGUGUCAUUUGUAACUUCUGAUGACUUCAUCAAGAGGCCUGGAAAGGUCCCAGACUGGAAUUUGAGCAAUUAACUAGCUUCUUAUUGACUCUGUGAGAGUGGCUGAGUGGUCUGGAGGGGGUACUAGGCAGCAUCUUCUUGGAGGUCUUCCUUUUAAGAGUCUCUUUUAGAGGGAUCUAUUACAGGGUGCUUACUCAAUUCUUUCCUUAAACUACUUUUUGUGGGGCAAAGAGAAAUAGACUUCUUAAACUUAACAAAGAUAGGAUAAAAACAUUUAUAGAGGUUUGGUUUUUUUAAGUAUUGGUCUUAUACUCUCUUGUUUUCUUUUGCUUUGCUUUGCUACACCUAGUAUUUAAAGUAUGGAUUUGAAAAAUAUUGUUAUUUAUUUAACAGAAAUAUUUGUACCUAUGUGGCAAAGAGGCUUAUUUGGAGUAUUUUUGGGCAAACUAGAAAUUACCCCAGCCAUAUUUAAGCAUGAAUUACUUCUUUUGGUAAUGGUGUUUAGAGUUGGUUUUUCAGUAGAAAUAAACCUAUGUAGAGCUCUGAUCUAAAUCCAGAGAUUUUAUCCUGGCAUUUCCUUGUAAUAACAAUGGUUAAUACACAAAAGUUUAAGGCUGCUUUGAUCUAAACACCACUUAGCAUUAAGAACCUCAGUAUUGGCUCGGCACCUGUGGCUCAGGCGCCAGCCACAUAACACCUGAGCUGGCGGGAUCGAAUCCAGCCCAGGCCUGCCAAACACCAGUGACGGCUGCAACCAAAAAAUAGCCGGGUGUUGUGGCAGGCACCUGUAGUCCCAGCUACUUGGGAGGUGGAGGUAGGAGAUUCACUUGAGCCCAGGAGUUGGAGGUUGCUAUGAUGCCAGGGCAACAGCUUGAGGCUCUGUCUCAAAAAAAAAAAAAAACUUCAGUAUUUCUGGUGCUAGAAGAGUACUUGACGAGCUACCACCACGAUAUUUUUAGACGUUAUAAAUAAAAAGCCUGGAGUACCAAGCACCAUAGUGGCAGUCAUUUAUGUUCAAGGGAUAUUUUGGUUUAUGGUUAAUUUUCUGUUAUUUCGAGGUCCUUUGCAGAAGGUGAUAUGAGGGCGGGAUCACAUGGCCCAUUUAGCGUAUGCUGAUUAGUGAUGUCAUUUUCUGUCUUUAAAUUGAUAGCAGUUGAAUCAUUUUAGGUUUUUGUCUUGUUCAAGGCUGAUAUUUGGAUGCAGCAUUUGAAUUACUACGACUUUAAACAACAAACCAUUGGCCCUGGACUUAUAUAUCAAAGGGAUUUACUUUUAAUCUUUUGUAGUGAAAGUACCACUGAAUAGUUCAACCUUUUUCAAUGUUAUAGUAGGUGCCGACGGAAUUCCUAUCUCCUGGCCUAACU